AUCCACCUCUGUCCUCCUGGAAGGAUUUUUCCCCUCUUCAGCGCUGUGCUGGCCUGGAGAGGAGUGAGGGAGUGAGAAGAGAGGAUUUUGUGAUCCGAGGAGCGACGGACCGGUGAGAAGGACCAUGGCUUUUCUCUUUGCCUCACUGAAGACCUGGAUUCUACUGCAGACCUUGUGCCUGGCUGUGGCUCAAGUGAGAGGUCCACCUGGACCUCAAGGCCUACCAGGUCCACUGGGCCCUUCUGGUACUCCUGGGUCAGAUGGCAUUGAUGGGGAGAAAGGACGUCCUGGCCCACCCGGACCACCAGGGCAAAAGGGUGAGCCAGGAGAGCCAGGUCGGGAUGGACCUCCAGGAAAGAAUGGCAUUGAUGGCUUGAUUGGAGAAAAAGGUGAUCGGGGUCCAGUCGGUAGUCCUGGUCCAAAGGGUCAGCCAGGUCCAAGCGGAGAGCCAGGACCUCCAGGACUCGGCCUUCCAGGUCUGGCUGGUACUCCAGGACCAAUUGGUCUUCCAGGUCAGAUUGGACCACCUGGCCCAAAGGGUAUUCUAGGACCACCUGGACCUCCAGGAAUACCUGGACCUCCUGGCAAACCAGGUCCUCCAGGAAAGUUUAUUGGUGUUGAAGAAGGAAGCGCAGAUUUCCAGUGUCCUCUCAACUGUCCAUCCGGACCUAAAGGCCCACAAGGACUGCAGGGCGUAAAGGGACACAAAGGGCGUGCUGGUGUUCUCGGGGAUCCCGGCAGCAUAGGCAAAUCGGGACCUAAAGGAGAAGUUGGCAUCUCCGGGGAGCAGGGAAUCCCAGGGCCUCCGGGCCCAAUGGGUCUGAGAGGUUAUCCAGGAAUGAUGGGUCCUAAAGGAGAGGCUGGACCUCGUGGUUACAAAGGCAUCAACGGACCUGUAGGAAUUCCUGGCCCUCCUGGUGAGGAGGGACCUCAGGGACCACCUGGAGAGCCAGGAGACAAGGGAAACAAAGGCAGCCAAGGCAUUCAAGGUCCACAAGGUGCUGUUGGCAAAAAAGGAGAAAAUGGUCUUCCAGGUAUUGAUGGAAAAGAUGGCACUCCUGGUGUUCCCGGAAUUAAAGGUGCUCCUGGUCAGUCUGGACUGCCCGGUCCUCCUGGUCCCCAGGGGACAGCAGGAUUACCUGGUUCCCCAGGAGCAAAGGGAGAAGCAGGAGUUAAGGGCGAGCCUGGUCCUAGGGGUCAUGCUGGCAGGGCUGGUGCUCCUGGACCUUUGGGAGAGCCUGGUAUUCCUGGUGAGGCUGGAAUGGAAGGAGUCCCUGGACCCAAGGGUGACAGAGGCCAAAGAGGAGCAGUUGGCUCACAGGGAGAAGUCGGCAUGCCUGGAAGCAAGGGAGAACGAGGACCUACUGGUGUCCCAGGACCACAGGGGCUUACUGGAACUCAGGGAGACAAGGGCUUCCAAGGCAAAGUCGGUGCAAAGGGGGACAUAGGCGAUCCUGGCGUUGAGGGAUUGGCUGGUGAGAAAGGCGAAAAGGGCAUAUCUGGAGAACCUGGACCAAAAGGACAGCAAGGAAUCAGGGGUGACCCUGGGCACAAUGGACCCACUGGGGACUCGGGUAAACCAGGAGACCAAGGACCACCUGGAGUACCUGGUCCAAGGGGGCUUAAUGGAGAGCGAGGAGUACCCGGCAUGCCCGGCAUCCAGGGUGCAGCUGGACGCGAUACGUCAGACCAGCAUAUUGUUGAAGUGGUUCUAAAGAUGCUGCAGGAGAAGCUAGCAGAAGUGGCAGUGAGUGCCAAGAGGGCUGUGCUUGGUGGGGCAGGUGUAAUGGGACCCCCUGGGCCUCCUGGACCUCCAGGAUCACCUGGUUCCCAGGGUCCACAUGGUUUACCAGGUGCUCGUGGCAUCCCUGGUAUUAUUGGAGCAGCUGGACAGAUUGGAAACACAGGACUUAAAGGAAAGAGAGGGGCAAAGGGAGUUAGAGGAGAUCCAGGUAAACCUCACCCAGGACAGCCAGGACCUCCCGGAAUACAAGGUGCUCCUGGUGUUGAUGGUGUUGCUCGAGAUGGCAGACCUGGAGAGAGAGGACCUCAGGGAUCAGCUGGAGAGGCUGGGCAACCCGGUAAGGCAGGGCCUCCAGGGCUUCCAGGGUUCUGCGAGGCAGCGAUGUGUCUGGCUGCAUCGGCAUACACCUCGCCGAGAUUACAGGAGGCGGGAACGAUCAAAGGACCCAGUGUUUAGAGAGCUGCCUCUCCAUUAGCAGCUCGCAACACCCAAGAGAGAGGGAGAGGAGAGAAAAGAGAGAGAGAGACCACUUAUUUCUGUUGGACAACAUCAAGAGCGAGAGGUGGGGGCAGUGACAAUGCCAUGACUGGAUGUUUAGCCCCCUCAUGCCUGCUGGAUUUGACAACUGGAAGUUUUGACUGGUGGGACACGAUGAUCUUAAUCUCACACAUCACCAUGACAACAGCAUCUCACAGCCACCCACAGGCUUUAAAAUUCUCCAACGUUUUUGGAUGACGCCAGUGUCAGUCCCAUCCAAAUAUCAUAUCAGUGUUCGAGCAGUGAGACAGGAAGAGAUUCAGGUUGCAUCUCCUGGUCUACGACCUGAAAAUCAGACACCAUGAGGGGCUUUUUCACACCGCGGUCCUUUUUAAUGGCCACAUGUUUAUGCAAUAGUUUGUGUUUUAAACCCUUAAAGAUGAACAAAAGGACAAACAAACAACAGCAGCCUAAUUUUUGCUCAGUGCUGUUUUAUAAAAUGUAUCUUUUGAUCAGAAAGCUUGAGUGAAAUUCAUUUAACUCAACCCCCCCUCCAGUCCCAACGCCUGCUUGCUACCUAAGUCUCAUUUUAGAAACUAACGACUAGCUUUAUCUCUUCCUGCUGUUGCAUGGCAACAGCAUAUCCCAACGGGCACUCCCAUCUCCCACAAUGCAGUGCUGUAAAUCUUUGUAAAUGUGUGUUGAUUAUUAUGUGCAGAAAAAGGAAUGGGUUACGAUAGGCACCAACAAACAUCCUGUGUUAAUGGAAAUGGUGAGUAAUGUGCAGCUCCUGCAGAAAUAACGAGUUUUCUUCAGAACAAAUUAGUUACCAGGUCACUUGUGCUUUCUAUGCCACUGUCAUCUUCCCAGGAGAAAAAUGAUUUAUUUCAUUCAAAAAAACUAUUUAUUGCCUUCAUGUAAUCAUUUGUUUCCCUAAAGCUGUGGUUUUUGGAUCUUCAACUCAUCCCAAACCAAUAAAGAGGAAAUUUUUGUAAAAGUCAAUGUUUUUUUCUAAUCAUGUUGGGGCAUGAAUCAUCAUGUAGAUUAUUUUAUUUCUGCCAAUAACCUAUAACAGUAUCAGUUAAUGCAUGUAAAUAAACUCCCUUGCUGCACAUUUUUAUCUUUAAUCUAUAUUUCUGCAUUUUAUGAGAUUUGACAUCAAAUGUAUAGUGCAUUAUAAAUAAAAUUUAUUAUUAUUAUCAUUA